AUGUUAUUUAUUUGUUGUUGUUUUUUAUUGACAGAAUUUACUGUUGUUGAAGGGGGAAGUUUGUUUUAUCAUCAUACUGACUGCAAUGAUACACAAAUGGCAUCACAGGCCAGAAAAGACAAAGUACAGGAGGAAACCCGCUAUUCGGAUGGAAGGGUAGAGCGUCUUUUUUGGAGCGGAUGCCGUGUGAUCACAUUCCGCAAUGGAACGAAGAAAGAGAUCGGUGUUGAUAAGUCAGUCACUGUUACGUUCUUCAAUGGUGAUGUUAAACGCACGCUGGCUGACGGGACUGUGAUAUACUACCAUUGUGAUGCUCAGACAACACACUCAACUUAUCCAUCUGGAUUGGAGGUUGUACAGUUUCCAAACAACCAAAGAGAAAAACAUCAUCCUGAUGGUACAAGGGAAAUAUCCUUCCCAGAUGGCACGGUUAAGAUUCUUCACUCCGAUGGUCGAGAGGAGAGCAUUUUUCCAGAUGGAACUGUUGUCAAGAUAUCACAACAUGGGGAAAAGAUGGUGGAGUUUGCUAAUGGGCAGAGAGAGAUUCAUACUUCACAGUACAAGCGAAGGAUGUACCCGGAUGGAACGGUUAAAACUGUCUACACAAAUGGGAGGCAAGAAACAAAGUUCUCAUCUGGGAGGGUUUGCAUUAAGAACAAUGAAGGCAUCAUUAUAAUGGACAAAAAAUGAACUUCUAAAAACCCUUUUCA